AAUCCCUGACCCGCCAGCCCACCAAAAACACUUUCCCCACCAAAAGCCCAAAUCAUCACCAAUUUCCAUCCCCCCAAUUGCGGAGGAAGAAUGUUACCGACACUUCGCCUUUUCGCCCAAGUCGGCACCCAGCGCCUCGCGCCCUUCUCCACAACUGGGAUAGCUGGAAUCCUCACACACCCGAACCCGCGACCAGCCCUCAUCGCAGUCUACAACCACACCUUGUCCCUUCUCUCCCGACUGCCGCAACACUCCGUCUACCGCCAGUCCACCGAGAACCUCACAAAGCAGCGCUUGGCAAUUGUUGAUUCAGUCAAGCCAGAGGGGUGGGCAGAGUACCAAGCCGCCCUCAACUCCCAGCGAGAGGCAAACGGUAUUCAGGGAACAAAGGACACAGAAUUCGAAUUGAAGGUGGUCGGAAAACAGUUCCUCGAAAUGGUGAAUAGGGUCACUACGGAUAGUCCAGUCAUGCAGGCCUUCUUGGAUAAGGAGAUGGGCCGUUGGGGGCUCAGUCCUGCAGUCGAUACUUCGGAUGCGUACGCUCGUGAUGUGGAUGUCCGUGUUGAGCAGAAGGGCCCUUCACCCGAGGUCCCAUUGCUGCCCGAGGAGCCGCCGUUGUAUGCCGAACAGGUUACCGAGUUGGAGGAGAAGAUUGGCGCCGGACUCAUUGAGGAAGUUCUCGAACAAGGAUGGAACGAGUUGAAUCUUGUAAAGGAGAUAGAAGAGGCGAAGGCUUGGGAGUCGUUGGAGGUUCAACCGGAGGAGGGCCAGUGGGUUGGGUUCGAGCGGGCACCCUAGCGGGAGGAAAUUAUAGAGGAGGUACUCAGGUUCUUUUUGUGCAUAGCCAAACGUUGACGGCGAUUGGGCGGCAUCACUCAGGUGUUCAUAAUUCCUUGUCUAGCUAAUGGAAUUCGCUUUGUUGGUUGGUGCUAGGGCAGGAUGGUCAGGCAAUAUCACGGUGAGCGAACAGAGCCUAUCGAAGCCAAACAGCCGCAACCUAUCCCGAUUCCCAUCAGAUACCUGCUUCUCAGGGGUCGGUCUAGUUAUCUGCAGCUCAAUUCCCAACUUACAGUAGUCUUCAUG